AUGCCAUCUCCUAGAAAUAGCAGGUUCAUCGAGAACUUUGACGACUCCUCCGAAUCACCUUCACCAGAGUCAAACUCGACAGCACCUUUUCCUGAUUGCACAUCUGGAUUCAGUCUUCCAACGCAGAUCAUACAACAGUUCUCUGCCAUGGGGUUGAGGAACACGAGUCCUCGCGGCUCUGAUCAUAACAACGGAACAACGUCGCAACCUCAAUCACCAGUGCAAGUGCAGACGCCAACACAACCCCAAGCUCCUGCCACUACUCAGCACAGCAAGUCCGAAGCUGCUGAUGUGCGUUCCAUGAAGUCAAGCACUAUGCUUGUUGACGAUUUGAUCCUGAGUCUUGAGUUGGGCACAGACAAGACCAGCAACCAACCUUCCAGCGGAGCGACCCCACCCCAGAUCCAAAUCAACAGCGAAUCGCAGCCAGCCAGAGAUGGCGAAGACUUGCCAGAGGAGCUCAACGAUGGCAUCGAUGGCCAAUCAGAGCCCGAGUCUGAAACGUCAGCAAGUUCGUCUUCUUCCAAGCAGGGUACGUCAACUCUUUACCGUACAGGAGCAAGAAGUCUACACUGGUACCGAGCCUUACGAGGCGGGCAAAACACAACGGGAUCAAGAUCCAAAGUCGUGCUCAGGGAGAACGUGAUAAAUCCUGUGCAUCAACAACGUCCCCCGGGCGUAUUGUGUCUCUUGAUAGCCCUUGUUCGACGCCGUGCCAGGACGAACUCACGUCCCCCCAGUGCAUACUCAGUGCUCCUGACAACACAACAACCUGACUCCAGUGACAUGACUGACCGUCAAUCAGAUUCAGAGCAGAAUGAACCGAUCAAUCCAGUGCGACUGAAGUCAAUCGACUUCAUAAAAACCGCUGUGGAUGACUUUUUCGAGGACAUCCAGACCGAACGAGGCAUCCACCCCGACACCCUGACAGAGAACUUCAACGCUCUCCAUCAGCAUCUCCAACAUUUCCGCAAGGUUCGCGACGCAACAGCACGCAAGUUCCAGAGAUGCUACUCAUCCCACGCCCGCACCAAGACUUCGCCAGCCGAUUGCGACGACUGCCACAUGUACUUGGCUCAGAUCGAGCACGGUUAUACCGGUGCUUGCGCCAACAUUAUGUCUAUGAUGACGGAGCUUCGCAAGGGUAUCUGGACAUCCGUUAUGAAGGCGAAUUUUCACAGGGAGAUUGAGGAGAGUGUGAAUACAUUGGCGCGGGGUGGGUUAUUCGUGCACGACGUUAACUUGCAGAGGUUGGAGGAGACGAAGGGUAUGCUGCAGUCGUUGGAGGACGAUGCUGAGGCAGCAAAGGGAUGGCCACAGGUUUCUUUGAACGAUGCGCCACCUGAAGAUGGCCAAGCUUCCAAGAAGACGAAAGAGGAUGAAGAUACAGGAAACGACGGUACCAAGUCGAGUCAAGUGAAGAGCAAGAAGGGAAAGUCAAAGGAACAAAAGAAGAAGAAGAAGGGCAAGAGAUGA